AUUAACUCAGUAUGCUUAACUCUACUGUAGACUCGCACAAGCCUUGCGCGCGAAGAUCCUUGGCGUGCACCCCACUCAAUGAACUCAUCAAGCUCGACCGACAGCAUUUAUUUUUCUGCACCGUGACAGCCGUGCCAUUGAGGUUCUACAAGUAGCUAGCUAGCUAUAGUAGUACACUGUGAAUCGAAUCAAUGUCUGACGAUGAAGAGGAUGGUUGGGUUCCAGAAGGGGAAGAGGAGGAAGAAGGAGACGAAGAAGAAGGAGGAGUGAGCAAUAAGCCCCAACAAUCAAGUAAACGUCCCCAGCAUGGUUUGACGGCCGACACAGCAGCUCGCAUGACGGAGAAUGGAGGGUAUGCACAUACACUGGACUCCAAGCUCAAGAUUAGCAAGGCGAACCGUGGCAACACACCUUGGAACAAGGGCAAGGUUCGCUCGGCAGCCGACAAGGCCAAGAUUGGUGCGGGAGUCCGCGCUCGCAAUCGCGCCAUUUUGUUGGAAAAGUUGUCUCGGAUUGGCAUGAGCGAAGAAGAAUGGUUUGCCAAGAAGAAACAGUUAAAAUAUCUCAGAGAACGCGUCCGAAGAGCCAAGAAAGCCAAAGACGACAAGGCAUUAAAAGAACAUCAGGAAUCUCUCAAUUCCGUACUGGCCGUACAAGAACGCGUCAAUUCACAACCCAGCGCUGUUGAACAGGAACAACGCACCAGACCCAAAAAGACUCCCAAAGAACCUCCCAAGAAAAAAAGAAAAGAAACUGUCGUUCCACACAAGGCCAAAAUUAAUAUGGUCACCACCAGUACUACUACUAGUAAAAAAGACGAUACAGACAACAACAACAACAACAACAAUGACAGUCAAGCUACUGCACAAUCAUCCAACCAAGCUACUAACAAUACUCCCAUUGUGGUGAUUCCCAAAACUGCCACGGUGCCACCCACAAUGAAAAAUCCACAACAAUUGGCCGAAAUUUUCGCACGAGACAUUGAAUGGAACGAACACCCCUACGACACGUCCGAUCUAGAAGCACCCUACGAUGCCUGUCCGAAAGGUGGCCCCGGGGGACUCAUUUGUUGUGCCCACUGUACACGACAAUAUUCCCAAUAUCUCAAUGCCACCUCCAAGGAUAUGGAAGAACAGCGAACACACAAGGUCAUUUCCGAAGUCAAGGAAUUGUUGGGAUUCUUACAAACGGCACAAACACAAUUGGGACAAGCCGUGCAAACGGCACGACAACCCAUACACAAAGUAGCACAAGGAUUGUUCUUGUCCUCAACAACCACCACAAGUACCAAACCGCCACCACUCAAACCGCCACCAAAACCAAAAUCCAAAUCAAAGACCAAACGAAAUCAAAAGCAACCAAACAAGAAACAAAAAAGCGACAAACAGAAUAAUAGUGAUCCGGUGGAGCUGCCUGAUUUGGUCAUUGUGGAUGAUGGCGUCAAGAAACCUUCAGCGGAGGAUUUUACAACCUUUCCUCCCAUGAUGGACUUUUUGCAAAAUACUACUCCAACCGGCACUGUUGGAACAACCACACCACCAUUCUUGAAAUUGACACAACCACCGCCGGCAUUACCGAUACCACUAGAGGAGGAACACGAUGCCAUUGAAAUGGUCGAAGUGUAGUAGAUACGGUAUAAACAACGUGCAGACGCACUAACUAACAGAGGAAUGAAGGAAUAAAAGCAACUUUUUGGCUUGUUGUGGAAUGGAAU